AUGCUUCUGAACCCAUUUCGACCAUGUGAAGGCUCUCCGACCUUCCAAGAGGAAUACCGGAGUAGUAGCUACGUCCCAGAAGUGAUUGAAACCUCUCUGGGCCGUCGAAUUGUGGCGCCAGAUACUCCCUACGUGGCUGCAGCCGGUCGUAACACUCUAUACUUCAUCGACACCCGGUUCGACCCUGAGACGGCGCAGCAUAUUAAACUACAACUUGAGAAGGCCUCCGUGCCGCAACCAGACGAGUACAUUGCUAUUGACGAGAUUGAGGCCACGGCCGAAAUCAAGAACAGUGUGACCGGGGAAACAACCUUCGUGUUUGGUCCUGUAUAUGCUCGGCUGCUGUUCGCUAGGGGCAUUAAUCGACAUAAUCCGGAUAUCAAAUUGCCGGAGUAUGAGCCGGAUGGUGAUUGGUUGGUGGUAUAUGACUUAGAUGAUAUUGUGAACAGGAAGGGUGUGAAGAAGGGUUGA